CUAGGCCUUAUACUGAGCCACUGCAGCUGCCAUGCCUGUGAGUGGGGCCUGAGCCCUAGGCCUUAUACUGAGCCACUGCAGCUGCCAUGCCUGUGAGUGGGGCCUGAGCCCUAGGCCUUAUACUGAGCCACUGCAGCUGCCAUGCCUGUGAGUGGGGCCUGAGCCCUAGGCCUUAUACUGAGCCACUGCAGCUACCCUGCCUGUGAGUGAGGCCUGAGCCCUAGGCCUUAUACUGAGCCACUGCAGCUGCCAUACCUGUGAGUGGGGCCUGAGCCCUAGGCCUGUUACUGAGCCACUGCAGCUGCCACGCCUGUGAGUGGGGCCAGCCUGAGACUCUCUUACGGGUCAAUGAAACACCUGAGGUCCUGAAGGGACUGCCCACCCAAUACCAGAGUGGGUAGGGAGAUACUCAUAUCAGUCCCAGUCCCUGGUGCCUCUGUAUUUACACUUUAAAACAAUAUUGUGGAUAAGUUUUAUUUAUUUCACAUUUAUUUUUCUUUAAAUUUUCUCUUAGGUCAUGGCCCCUUCUCUCACCAGUUUGAUGAUCUGUUCAUUCCAAAAGUAGUAGAAAAGCUCUCAACAGAGCUUGAAAAGGAAAUACCAGAUGGUGAAAAGAAAAGAGAAAAAAAGAAUACACUGGAAAAUUGGACGCACGAAGAGCAAUCAGGCUCCAUGCUGAAAAUACUGAUCGGAAACAUCAGUGACACGGAAUGCCGUGCGUUCAUAGACACUCAUAAAGACUUCAUCAAAGAGUUGAUUGAUCCACCUGGUGAGAUAAAACAUCUCAAAAAUCCCAAAACUUUCCUGUAUGAGAUUGUGUCCAACAAGAGAAAUGGCAUCGAUGUGGACAAGAUGGACUACUUUUCCAGGGACUGCUACCACCUUGGUAUUGAAAGCAAUUUCAACUGCGGACGAUUCUUCAAGUUUGCCCGGGUGUGCGUGUGCGAUGGUGAGAUGCAAAUCUGUAUGAGAGACAAGGAGGUGGGACACAUUUAUGAUCUCUACCACACAAGAAGCAACAUCCACCAUAAAGCCUGCCAGCACAAGGUCGUCAGUGCUAUUGACACAAUGAUAGUGGAUGCUUUACUUCUAGCUGAUGAAGCCCUGAACAUUUCAGGGUCUGUAUCUGAGCCAAUAGAGUACAGAAAGCUGAAAGAUGUGAUUUACCAGGACAUCCUGCAUUGCGAGAAAAUAAAAUUCAAUACGGAAUAUGUCGAUGACAUCAACAAGGCUCAGAAAAUCCUUGAGAGAAUCGAAAGCCGUAACCUGUACAAGUGUAUUUAUGAUUGUCGCUUAAAAGACAAGAACCCUGACUGCGAAAAUAAAAACCAAAGAAAACGUAAGCACGAAAAUGAACUCGAACAUGAUCUUCAACAAGAAUACGAAGAGCUCCCACAGGUAGAAAAGAAAAACUUUGCCGUAAGAAUCAUCAACUUGGCUUCUGGAAAGAAGGGAGAAGACCCAAUUAAGCACAUGAAAUUCUACUCAAAGCAACACCCUUGUACAGCCAAAAAACUGAAAAGAAAGGAAGUCUCCCAGCUCCUCCCAAAUGUCUUUUCUGAGACAGUGCUCCAAAUUUUCUGCAAGAAUUCAGAGACGAGCGGCAAUAUGCAAGAAUUCAGAGCUUCUGAUGGCUUUCAGAAUAUGAUGAAGGAAUGGUGUGAGAAAAACCAUUACGAGAUGGUGUCUGAAUAAUCAUCGGCCCAUGGCAUUUUGAUACAACAGCAGGAAGCAAAAUUAAAAAGACCAAUAAUACAUUCUUUAUACACCACUGCAGAGAAAAGGCUAAGGAAAAAAUACAUGCAAAAAAAAAAUUGACAUUCAUUAGGUAAAAUUUUCAAAUGCGUGACAUGAUAAUUUUUGAAAAAUGUCACAAUAUACAUGUGUACUUGAGUAAUAUAAAGGGGAAAGGCUAUCACAGCUCCUGUCUUCCUGGUAUAAGCUGAAGCAGCUAAAGAAAAAAAAAUUCUGUUUUAUCUUAGUGUGUUUCAACAGUUGCUUCUCAAAACAAACAUGAUAAAAAACAAAUGUACAUUCACUAAAAAUAUUUUAUGGAAUGCUUUGGGAGAAUAGGAUUUCAUUUUAUUUUCAUUUUCAUUCAUUCAUUUUCACUUUAAUUGUAGAAAAUCAAAAGGCUUUCUUGAUUAUUUUUACCAUUUUAAUUUUAUGUUAAUCAACUAACAGUAAUUUUCUUUAUUUGUCAUUGUCUGUUAGAAAUGAUUGAGGCUGGGGAAGAAAUGUUUGAACUGUAACAGAUUAUUUUCAUGCCAUGCCAAUUAUUUACAUGAGACUAAUGAUUUUGUCAUUUCACUCAAGUGGACUUACUCCAAACUGUAAAAUAAACAGCAAUUAUAACAACAACAAUUUAAUAUGAAAAAUUUGUUUAAACUGGCAUUCAAUCUAUAGUUGAGGAAAUAUUCAUACCACAUAAUCUAUGGAAAAAUUCCAUAGUGGUGUGAUGCUGUUGUUAAAAUAGCCAUGUUAAUGUUGACACAAUGUAGGGAGCAAUAUGGAUAUUGCAUAAGUAAUGGGAAUGUCUAAUCAUUUAUAACAUCUGGAUUCUAUUUUAGAGGGAUUAUGCAGAAUACAUUUAAUUCCAGAUCCUUGUUUGUGUUUACUGAACCAUUUUAAUUUAACGUAGAAUAGAUUACAAAUUUUCUAGGUAUUUUUAACUUAAAGUGCUCAGCAGCUCAAAUGAAUGAAGCAAGACCUAGAAUAGUGCAGCAAUAAGAUUUCUGUGGCUAUUUGUAACACGCUGUUAUCUCGAUAUUAUGGGAAUAUGUAUAAUCAUAUAUAAAUAAGCUGUACACCUAUAUAUUACAUUUUCAAUAUGUGUUUGAGUCUGUGGUGUUGAUAAUUUGUGUUAUUUUGUGGGUUGUGUUUUGUGGUUUUGUGUCUUGGUUGUGUUUGAUGUGUAUUUUUUUAUGUGAAAAAUCAAGAAAAAUGAUGAUCACAAAAUAAUAAAAAAUAACUGACCCUCUUACA